CCCCGCCCCUCGGCCCAGGGAGAGACAGCGGAGUCGACUGUUGGGAGUGCGGGCGGAGCGGUUCGCGGCCGGAGAGCGAGCGGCCGGGCAUUAUUUCAAGGAGAACUAUGGUAGCUUCCAGCAUUCCCUGAACCAUGGAUCUGCUGGCAUAGUGAGCUAUGCUCCUGGUCUCGGAAGCACUUUGAGAUGUACAGAGCGGGGGACCUGGGGGAGCGGCCGCUGCUCGGGACGGCGCCCCCCCGGAUGCGGAGCGUGGAGGUGGCCAGAGGAAGGGCGGGGUACGGAUUCGCGCUUUCCGGGCAGGCGCCCUGUGUGCUCAGCUGUGUCAUGAGAGGCAGCCCUGCGGAUUUUGUGGGCCUCCGUGCCGGCGACCAGAUACUUGCUGUCAACGAGAUCAACGUGAAGAAAGCGUCCCAUGAAGACGUGGUGAAGUUAAUUGGGAAAUGUUCCGGUGUCCUGCACAUGGUGAUCGGUGAAGGCAUCGGCCACCUGGAGUCCUGCUCCAGUGAUGAAGAGGUUGGAUUUUAUGAAGGAAAAGGCUGGCUGAAGCCCAAACUCGACUCUAAGGCAUUAGGUAUAAACAGAGCAGAGAGAGUCGUUGAGGAAAUGCAGUCUGGAGGGAUUUUCAACAUGAUCUUUGAAAACCCUGGUCUUCGAGCAAGCAGUUCAGAGCCCUUGAAGUUGAAACAAAGAUCCCUUUCAGAAUCAGCCACUGGGCGAUUUGACCUUGGCCAUGAAAGUGUAAAUAAUCCAAAUACCAGCCAGCUUUCUAAGGAGGAGAUACCGAAAGUUAUGAACGAUGAUUCUGUUUUCAGCGUUGGGCUGGAGACUCAUGAAGACUUCGGGGUGGACGCAAGCAUUUUGAACGUGGCCAUGGUUGUGGGCUACUUGGGCUCCAUCGAGCUGCCGUCCACCAGCUGCAGCCUGGAAUCGGACAGCGUGCAGGCCAUCCGGGGCUGCCUGCGGCGCCUGCGGGCCGAGCAGAAGAUCCACUCGCUGGUGACCAUGCAGAUCAUGCACGACUGCGUGCAGCUCUGCACGGACAAGGCUGCUGUCCUGGCCCGAUACCCGGCCGAGAGGCUGGCGUUCAGCGCCGUGUGCCCAGACGACAGGAGGUUUUUUGGGCUGGUGACCAUGCAGGCGGCCGAUGACGGGAGCCUGGCGCAGGAGGAGGAGGGCGUUUUGCGGACAUCCUGCCACGUGUUCAUGGUGGACCCGGACCUGUUCAGUCACAAGAUCCACCAGGGCAUCGCCCGGCGCUUCGGGUUUGAGUGCACGGCCGACCCUGACACCAACGGCUGCCUGGAGUUCCCCGCGUCCUCGCUCCCAGUCCUGCAGUUCGUCUCCGUGCUGUACCGGGACAUGGGCGAGCUGAUCGAGGGCAUGCGGGCCCGGGCCUUUGCGGACGGGGACGCGGACGCUCACCAGAACACCAGCACCAGCAGCAACAGCGACAGCGGCAUCGGGAACUUUGCCCACGAGGACAGAAGCAGCCGAGUGCUCGUGGUGGACCUGGGCGCCAGCUCGAGCAGGCACGGCCCCGGCGGCAGCGCCUGGGAGGGUGUGGUCGGGAGGGGCUCCCAGCCCUGGGGCGCCCCCUGGAACGGGGCCUUCGGCCACGACCCCGAGGGGGCCCCGUUUGAGGCCGCUCCGCAGGCCGACAGGUGCCGGGACCUCGGUAAGCACCUGGGGCCCGCUCCUCACGUGGAAGGCCCCCCGGCCUCCUUGCGGUGCUCGGUCCCUCCUUCCAAGAGGGGCGCUGCGGGCCCCGGUGGUGGCUUCGGCCAGCGGUGGCUCCCGGUCCACGUCCUGCAGGAGUGGCAGUGCGGACACACCAGCGACCAGGAGUCUUACACGGACUCCACCGACGGCUGGUCCAGCAUCAACUGCGGCACGCUGCCCCCUCCCAUGAGCAAGAUUCCCGCUGACCGCUACCGGGUGGAGGGCAGCCCCGCGCAGCCCCCGCCCAGCACCCAGAAGAGGGACUGGGCCAGGAAGGCUCUCGGGAUGCAGACCAUUUUCGGCCCCCAUCGAAGUGUUAGGAAGACUAAGGAAGACAAAAAGGGCUCAAAGUUUGGGCGGGGCAUUGGACUCCUGCCACCGGCUCAGCGUACCUCCGCCCGGAGAUCUUUCGGGAGGUCCAGGAGGCUGAGUCUCACCCGCUCCCUCGAUGAUCUUGAGUCUGCAACUGUGUCUGAUGGUGAGCUGAACGGCGCCGACCUGAAGGACUGCGUGAGCAACCACAGCCUGAGCAGCAAUGCCAGCCUCCCCAGCGUGCAGAGCUGCCGGCGCCUGCGCGAGCGGAGGGUUGCCAGCUGGGCCGUGUCCUUCGAGCGGCUUCUGCAGGACCCACUCGGAGUUCGCUACUUUUCCGAUUUUCUAAGGAAGGAAUUCAGUGAAGAAAACAUUUUAUUCUGGCAGGCCUGUGAAUAUUUUAAUCAUGUUCCCGCACACGACAAAAAAGAGCUCUCCUACAGGGCCCGCGAGAUCUUCAGUAAGUUCCUGAGCAGCAAAGCCACCACGCCGGUCAACAUCGACAGCCAGGCCCAGCUGGCAGACGACAUCCUCAGCGCCCCGCACCCCGACAUGUUCAAGGAGCAGCAGCUCCAGAUCUUCAACCUGAUGAAGUUCGACAGCUACACCCGCUUUCUGAAAUCCCCGUUGUACCAAGAGUGCAUCCUGGCGGAGGUGGAGGGCCGCCCGCUGCCCGACGGGCAGCAGGUCCCCAGCAGCCCCACAUCCAAGCACAGCGUCAGCUCCGAGCACUCCAACACGUCCACACCAAAGAAGUUGAGUGGAAUAUCGAAAUCAGGACGGUCCCUGAAUGAAGAGUUGGGGGACGAGGACAGCGAGAAGAAACGAAAAGGAGCGUUCUUCUCUUGGUCAAGGACCAGGAGCACCGGGCGGUCCCAGAAGAAGAAGGACCAAGGCGACCGUCCAAACGACCCCCUGCACGCCAACGGAGGCCUGGGCCGCCGGGAGUCACAGGGCUCCAUGUCGUCGGCCGGGAGCCUGGACCUGCCAGAGGCCUGCAGGACCCUGGCGCCCGAGAAGGACAAAGCCGCCAAGCACUGCAGCAUCCAGCUCCCCGACGGGACGGCCUGCGUGGUGCUCGUCAGGGCGGGGCUCUCCAUCAAGGAAGUCCUGGCCGGGCUCUGCGAGCGACAUGGCAUCAACGGGGCUGCCGUGGACCUCUUCCUGGUGGGCGGGGACAAGCCUCUGGUGCUGCAUCAGGACAGUAGCAUCUUGGAGUCUAGGGACCUGCGCCUAGAAAAACGCACUUUAUUUCGGCUGGAUCUGGUGCCGAUUAACCGGUCUGUGGGACUCAAGGCCAAGCCCAGCAAGCCAGUCACGGAGGUGCUGCGGCCCGUGGCGGCCAAGUAUGGCCUGCGCCUGAGCGAGCUGGUGGCCCGGCUGAGUGGAGAGAAGGAGCCCCUGGACCUCGGAGCCCCCAUCUCGAGUCUGGAUGGACAGCGGGUCAUCUUGGAGGAGAAGGACCCCUCCCGAGGAAAAGCGUCCACAGAUAAACAGAAAAGUGUGCCCAUCAAACAGAGCGCAGCUGUAAAUGCCAGCUCCAGAAAUCACUCGGCUACGGGAGAGGAAAGAACACUAGGCAAGUCUAAUUCUAUUAAAAUUAAAGGAGAAAAUGGAAGGAAUGCUAGGGAUCCCCGGCUUUCAAAGAGAGAAGACUCUAUUGCAAAGACUGGGGGAAAAAAAUGUCAGAAAAUUAAUUUGGACGAAGCAGAGGAGUUUUUUGAGCUCAUUUCCAAAGCGCAGAGCAACAGGGCAGACGACCAGCGCGGGCUGCUGAGGAAGGAGGACCUGGUGCUGCCCGAGUUCCUGCGUCUGCCGCCUGGCCCCCCGGGGCUCGCCCUCUCCCCGUCGGCCGCCCCCAAGGCCUUCUGCACGAGACCCGCGACAGGCCACGGCGAGGAGAGCGCUCCCUGGCCCUGCGAGAGCCCGGCCACCAGCCCUGGCUCGGCCGACAGCCCGCCUCUCUGCGCCCCCGGGACCCCCAGCCCCCCGGCGCAGGCGGUGGAGGCCAGGGGCGUCCAGACCGUGGAGGGCGAGCACGGGGCCGACCUGACGCUCACGGGGGAGGGGCACAUCAGCAGCCCGAGCAGCACGUUCCUGCCGCCGCCCCCCACCCCGCCGGGCUCGGCCGCGCCUCCGAGACCAGGAGGUGGGGCCCGAGGCAGCCGAGGCCUCCCAGUCAGCACGAUCGUCGACGUGGACCGUGUGGCUGGCUCAGCACCUGGGCCGGGCAGCAGCGUCCCGGGGGUGUGGACGGGCCCCCGGAGGUCACGGGCCAGCGGGACCCCGACAUCAGACCGCCCCGGCCUGAGCCCCGUCCUGGGGGGACCCGCCAAGCCCAAGGCCGGCCCACACCACGCCACCUUCGUCUGAGGCUGCCGCCCGCGGACCCGACCGUGCCCGCCGUCCCUCCCUCCCGACCCGGCGUCCGAGCCGCCUGCCUGGACACACACGUGGAGAGCAAAGAUCCCGAAGGGGCAGCCCAAGCCUAUCUCGAGGGCCUCGGAUGGGCCUCCUCAGCCACUCCUGGGGGCCGAACCAGCAGAGGGCGGGGAGGGUCCUGGCCCCGGACACUCGCCAGCGUUGGCUCAGGGCUCCCCGGCCCCCGCCCCGGCCCCCGCCCCGGCCCCCGCCCCAGCUCCCGCUCGGCGUCCAGCCUUCCCGCAAUAAAGCGUCUUUGAGGA